CGAAGCCGGUUUCUCAGUCCAUCUGCUCGGUCAGCCCUGGAGUCCUUUGGUCCUUCAGGUCCUUCAACUUUUGGAAGAUGAACUUGAAACGUGCGGAGGUGUAAGAUCUCCGGCUCCUGAACUCGGGGUGGGGGUGGGGGCCUCACAUUUCCAAGCUGUGUGUGAGCCCACCUGGAGCCUGUGUCCAGCUUCGCUUUUCCUCGAGGCUGGAGCUGGGCAGGUCUCCAAAGGUGCAGCAGCCACAACAAUCCCGCAGUUCAAAGUUAAGCAGCAGUUGCACAACUUCAAGCAACUCUCCUUGCUGGCUACUAAUGAGCUGAGAGCCACGAACAUCCCAAGAGGCGAAAAGGAAGCUUCCAGUCCUACUCUAGUCCUCCUGGAAAUCCAGAUAUCCCCACUCUCACCCCCAAAUAACUUUGGGAUCGGAUCUGGGGCUGCUCUCUGGCUUGCCUGGAGGACCAUGGCUCCUUUUGGAAGAAACUUGCUGAAGACUCGGCAUAAAAACAGAUCUCCAACUAAGGACAUGGAUUCAGAAGAGAAGGAAAUUGUGGUUUGGGUUUGCCAAGAAGAGAAGAUUGUCUGUGGGUUAACUAAACGCACCACCUCUGCUGAUGUCAUCCAGGCUUUGCUUGAGGAACAUGAGACUACAUUUGGAGAGAAACGAUUCCUUCUGGGGAAGCCCAGCGAUUACUGCAUCAUAGAAAAGUGGAGAGGCUCUGAGCGGGCUCUUCCUCCACUCACUAGAAUCCUGAAGCUUUGGAAAGCCUGGGGAGAUGAGCAGCCCAAUAUGCAAUUUGUUUUGGUGAAAGCAGAUGCUUUUCUGCCAGUGCCUUUGUGGAGGACAGCAGAAGCCAAAUUAGUGCAAAAUACAGAAAAGCUGUGGGAACUCAGCCCAGCAAAUUAUAUGAAGACAUUACCACCAGAUAAACAAAAAAGAAUAGUCAGGAAGACUUUCAGGAAGCUGGCUAAAAUUAAGCAGGACACUGUUUCCCAGGAUCGAGAUAACAUGGAGACAUUAGUUCAUCUGAUUAUUUCCCAGGACCAUACUAUUCAUCAGCAAGUCAAGAGGAUGAAAGAGCUGGAUCUGGAAAUUGAAAAGUGUGAAGCUAAGUUCCACCUUGAUCGGGUAGAAAAUGAUGGAGAGAAUUAUGUCCAGGAUGCAUACUUAAUGCCCAGUUUCAGAGAAGUUGAGCAAAAACUUGACUUACAGUAUGAUGAAAUCCAGAUUCUGGAGGACCUGAGUGAAAGUGACGGAAUUGUACAUCUGGAAGAACGACUAACAUAUUACAGAAUGCUCAUUGACAAGCUCUCAGCUGAAAUAGAAAAAGAGGUAAAAAGCGUUUGCAGUGAGAUAAAUGAAGAUGCAGAAGGCGCAGCUGCAAAUGAACUUGAAAGCUCAAAUUUAGAAAGUGUUAAGUGUGAUUUAGAGAAAAGCAUGAAAGCUGGUUUAAAAAUCCACUCUCACUUGAGCGGCAUCCAGAAAGAGAUUAAAUACAGUGACUCAUUGCUUCAGAUGAAAGCAAAAGAAUAUGAACUCCUUGCCAAGGAGUUCAAUUCACUUCAUAUUAGCAACAAAGAUGGGUGCCAGGUAAAGGAAAACAGAGGCAAGGAAUCAGAGGUUCCCAACAGCUGUGGAGAAGUUCCUCCCUUUACUCAAAGAAUAUCGAACACAUAUACCAAUGACACAGACUCAGACACUGGUAUCAGCUCUAACCACAGUCAGGACUCAGAGACAACUGUAGGAGAAAUGAUGUUGCUGUCAACAUAAUUUGAAUGGUUGUUUAAUGCUGUCAAUAAUUAUUUAAUGGGAAAUUGUAUUUUAAAUAUUCCAUUCUGAAAAGAAUGUCAAGCAUGUUGAAGUUCUCAGUAGUUAAUAAAAGUCAGAGAAAUUUGUAAGUUUGUUUUUGA